AUGGCAAGAACCCAUAAUUUGUUUCUGUUGUCAGUUUUGCUCCUAGCUGUAGCUGUUACUUAUGCAAGCGCGGAUGGAUAUGGAGAGCAUAAAAGUUCGUAUCCAAAACCAUAUGCACCACCUAAAAUAGUAUCUGAUGUUGUAGUGGAAGGGGUAGUCUACUGUCAGAGCUGCAAGCACUCAGGAUCAUGGUCUUUCCAAGAUGCAAAGCCCAUUGGUGGUGCUAUAGUCAGUGUUACUUGCAGGAAUUACAGGAACAGAAUCACCUACUACAAGACCUUCACUGCAAACAAUGAAGGCUACUUCUAUGCUCAGCUUCAGGGCUUUUCCAUGAGGCAUCCAUAUCUGGAUCAUCCUCUUCAGGCUUGUGUAGUUAAGCUGGUUUCUUCCCCUCUCGAAAACUGUGAUGCCUACACUAACAUCAACUAUGGUGAAAACGGAGCUAAGCUUCGGUUUGAGAAGAAGAAAAUAAUGUCAAAGAAUUACGACGCUGUGGUUUAUGCUGCUGGUCCUUUGGCCUUCCUCCCUGAAUACUGUACUCCUGAUGAAUACUGA